AUGAGUUCAGAUCCGCCCCCAAACGGCUGGGAGGAGAAGGAGUUAAAAGACUUCAAUCUCAGACAACCACCUCCCUCCAGAAACCCUUCACAAUUCAGCGCCCAGCAAUCAGAACCAGCGCCGACGACCUCGCCCAAAUCACCUGCCGACAAGAGAAACUCGGCUCCUCCAACAGCACUCGAUACAUUUCCUACUCUACAAGCUCCUGUCAUCACCAAUGACUCGAACUCAAUCCGGUCUCCAAUAAGCCAGCGCGCAGAUGCCUGCCGACUGGACGACAAUAUUGAGCUAUUGCGAAUUGAGCGUGCUGUUUCCGCCGAGGCUCGCGAUGAUUCCAGUCAUUUGAAACAGCGAGCUCAUAACUUUGAACCUGAAGAUGCCUUCAAUGCGCCCAUACCCUCUGAGACCAUGCAAAGGGAGAAGCAGCCGGAUGCCGAUGCUACUUUGCUCAAAUUUUGGAUGUUCCUCCGAAAGUUUCCUCGAUUUGUCCGAUAUUGCUUAUACCUGGUCCCUGGAGCUGCUUUGCUUCUCAUUCCUGUCUUGCUGGGUAAAUUCGCUCUCAAGGAUGAUGGCAAGCGACGGGAUGUCAAUGGCGUCGACCUCAUGUGGUUCGGUAUCUGGCUAGAGAUUGUCUGGGGAGUUCUCUGGGUUUCUCGUAUGAUUAGCAGUAUUUUGCCGCCAACUCUCAAACUUAUUGCUAAGCUAUUCGGAUCUACCAACGCCAACAAGUGGAAAGAUAUCGGAUACCAGCUUGACUUGCACACGGCUGUUUUUCUCUGGUUCCUCGCCAUCCUCAUCUCAUUUGAGCCGACCAUGAUGAACCACAACUUCCGAGACCAGAAGCCUCAUUGGGUCAGCAUUAUGAACAAGGUCAUCAUUGCCUUAUUUACAUUGGCAGCUCUCAACUUUGUUGAGAAGAUCCUCAUUCAGUGGAUUGCUUUCACUUUCCAUCAGCGAACGUAUGCGACUCGAAUUGACAAUAACAAGGCGGAUGUUGGCCAACUGGUUCACCUCUACGAACAUGCCAAAGCUCACAACGAAAAGACCGACUACUUCUUUCAGCGCGGCAGUGGCUCCGCUAGUGGCGCGCAGACUCCCAUGCAGACACUCCAGGACAACGCUCGUCAGAUCUUUGACAAAGUUGGAUACGUAGCUGGCCGAGUCGGAAACGACUUGAUCGGUCGUAAAAUCGAUAGCAACCACCCUCGCCGAGUUGUCAAUGAGCUUCUCCGAACCUCCCAAACGGCACAUACCCUCGCUCGGCUCAUCUACCGCUGCGCUGCCAAGGAGGGCAACGACCUGGUUUACCAAGAAGAUAUGGAACGAAUCUUUGGCAGCGAAGAGGAGGCCGAGGCUGCUUUCAUGAUGUUUGACAAGGAUAUGAAUGGUGAUAUCUCGAUUGACGAAUUCGAAGCUGUGUGCAACGAAAUCCAUCUCGAAAAGAAGGCCAUUGCUGCUUCGCUCAAGGAUCUUGACUCGGUGAUUAAGAAACUCGACAAGGUCUUCGUGUUCAUCAUCAUCAUCAUUACCAUCAUUGUCUUCAUCUCGAUUCUUUCUGGAUCGGCUGCUGCUGCUCUUGGCUCUGCGGGUACCGUUGUUCUGGGUCUGGCUUGGGUUCUCCAGGCCACAGCCCAAGAGUUUCUCCAGUCCAUCAUCUUCGUCUUCGUCAAGCACCCCUUUGAUGUUGGUGAUCGUGUAACUGUCUACGGAUCUACCGGUGACAACAUGAUGGGUGACGAUUUCUACGUGACUGAGAUUUCUCUCCUCUACACCGAGUUUAAGAAGAUGCAGGGUCACAUCGUGCAGGCUCCCAACUCGCUCCUCAACAGCCUCUUCAUUCUUAACCAACGACGAUCCAAUGGUCUCGCCGAUGUUGUUCCUCUGGUGAUGCGUUUCGGUACACCUCAGCACAUGAUUGAUGAUCUCAAGGAACGAAUGACCGAGUUUUGCCUUGCCAACAAGCGUGACUAUGCACCUCGUAUCAUUACCGAGAUGGUCAAGGUCGACGACGUUCGAUCGUGCUUAAUGAACAUGAUCUUCUUCCACAAGACAAACUUCCAGAACGAACUGUUGCGUCUCAACCGUCACAACAAAUUUGUGACGGAACUGAUGACACAGAUGGUCAAUGUCGGCAUCCAGUCACCAUUCCGCAUCGAGCCUGGUGGCAGCCGCGAGCACCCCAUGUACUGGUCUGGUAUGCAGCCUCCUCCAUAUGGCAAGGAGCCUGAUCAUGGGAGUGAACAUGGCCGUGGCGUUGACCUUCAUGACAAGCCCGUUCCCCACGAUCGGCCCCUUCACUCUGAAGGCCCUCCCCUGAGCCAUGUCCCCUCGAACUACAGCACCCGGCGAGGAGGAGCUGAGCGCAUGCGUAACAUGGACCAGAGCUUUGACUUCCAGGAUGUUUUCGACAAUCGACGAGAUAACGUCCAAGCGCAUCGUCUGGCAUCAAUCCGAGAAAAGGAGCGUGGAGCAAGAGCUGAAGAGGAGUCAGAGCGACGAUCGUUGGCCAGCUCUUCAGGCGUUGACCGUCGCACCUCGACAGAAAGCCGACGACACGUGUUCAACCGAGUGAGGACGGGCUCUAGGAGCAGCAAAACUCCCGGCAAUAUUGUCUAG